GGCUGCCAGCUGAAUGGUUGGAUUGGCCAAUUCUCCGUCCAAGUACGUUUCACCAGCGCCCUCAAUAGUGGUCCUCCUUUCUCAUCGAGUGUUACACAGGCCAUUGACUUUUCGAUUCUGGCCAUAGCCAUGGUCGCAUUGUGGAUUGUCCAACGGCCAACCAUAGUAUCAACCUUGAGCUGGAGAGCCAAGGUGAUGUUGUGCAUUUCCAUAUGGAUUACCCCCUUAGUCACGAGUACCACGGCACUCUGUUUGGGUAUCGUUGGGCCCCUAUUGUGUUCAUUACCGCCGUGACGUAUAUUGUGGUCUUCGUCGUUGUCAAGCGCCGCUACGAGCAUUUGAGCCUGUUCCCGAACGGUGAUACAACAUCUGGCCGUGAUAAAUCCAGGUCCACAGAAGGAGAUCCCGUAGAGCUGUCAUCUAUAAGGCUGGACACCACAAUCACUGUCCAGAGUAGCGACGUGUUUAAUAAUCAAUCCAGCACAGGUGGGGUAGGCGAGUCUCCGUCAAGGGAUCAUCUCCCAUCGCAGGUCCCUUUCUCCGCAGUGAAAAGCCUGCCGAGUAAAUACGACACGACCUCCAAUGAGCGCCGCCUCAGGUACGCUGACACCCCAGGAAGGAGAGGGGAUUCUACGGAACAACGAGAUAAGAAAAUCCGAUAUGCCGAAGUUCGCCGGGUGAUGUUGCUGAAUGGCUACCCAGCUUUUUAUGUACUUCUGUGGAUCCCCGGGCUGCUCAAUCGGUUGCUCGAAUCCCUUGGUCAUAAGAUGAGGUGGCUGCAGAUUCUUCAGGCAUCUACGCAGUUUAUUGGUCUUGCGAAUGCCCUUACUUACUCAUAUAAUGAAGGCUUCCGCCGCCAGAUUCGCUCGUUAGUCACCAGACAGAGACGAUCGUACCAUGAGCAGCUGUAA